UCCACCAUUGCCACCUACUGCUCUGCUCAACGUCUGGCUAGCUCCAGGCAAAGCCCUGGGUCUUUAACCCUUGCAAGCUUCCCCUGCUCUUUCCUCCCAACAGGAUUUCUGCUCCGAAAGCCCCGGGUUUCCUGCUCCCAGCCGGGGAAGGGGAGGGACUCCUGGACUUGUGGCCCCACAAGUCCGGCUCUGCCUCCUGGGAGGAGGAGGACGGGCUCCGUCCACACAGCCCCAGCGCUUGCCAGGCUCCAUGUCCCGAUUCAGGGCUCGUCGGGAAGGACAGACACCGCUGUCCUCCCUGAAGGACCAGAAUUUGGGGUGCCAAGUCAGGAAGGGGGGAUUUAGUCUCUGGAGCAAAUGAAGAAGCGAUUCCUCUUUGCAGUCGGCGCUUUCAGGGAGGAUUUUCCAGCAUGCGGCAGCAAGGCGGGGAAAAGAAGGAGGAAGAGCCGGAGGCUCCGGCAGCCGGGGAGAGCCCAGGCACCAAAGCUGCGGACGGAGGGUGGGCUUGGGGAGUGGUGUUUCACUUCUUCCUGGUCAACGUACUCGUGAUGGGGAUGCUCAAGACCUUUGGGAUUUUCUUCGUGGCUUUCCAAGAGGAGGUGGGGGGCUCCUCCGAGCAGGUCAGCUGGAUCGGCUCCAUCAUGUCCUCCCUGCGCUUCCUAGGAGCCCCACUCGUGGCCGUGGUCUGCAGGAAGCUGGGCGAGCGGCCGACCUCCAUCAUCGGGGCCAGCUUGAUCGGAGGGGGCUGCCUGCUCAGCACGCAGGCCACCAGCGUCCCCUUCCUCUGCGUCUCCAUGGGACUCCUCCUGGGUAUGGGGUUUGCCUGCCUUUACCAGGCGGCCGCGGUGAUGAUGGCCAAGCGCUGCAGGACCCGGCUGGCUUUCUCCAACGCCAUCGCCCGCUCCGGGAUGGGGCUGACAUUUCUAAUAGCGCCGUUCACUCAACUUCUCAUCGAUUUUUAUGGCUGGCAAGGUACUCUCCUGAUUUUUGGAGGCAUCAUGUUAAACCUCGUGCCUUCCAGCAUGCUGCUGCGCCCCGUCAGCACCCCGCCGCCCCAACGCUCCUCUGCUACAAAUCAAGACCGUGAGUCUUUAAAGGCGACAAAGGAUUCAGAAACCUUCGAUGGGUGCUUAGGUGAAACCACUCGCAGGGAAAUACAGCUCUGCAGCGCACAGGACCUUCCCACCACGGAGGGGCUCAUGAUGCCCCACGGCAGAGAUGUCUCUGGUCCGGUGAAUACGUCGGCUUUGGAAGGGCUUGAGAAACUCCCUGUGAACAGCUGCUCACCAGAAAUGGCCACCGAGGCCAAGAGAAGCUACAAAUCCCUUCCACCGACCGAAAAAGAAAAGUCACAGCCUCUCCUCGACGUCUCCCCGCUGAAGGAUCCGGUCUUCUGCAUUUUCACGUGGUCUUUUUUGUUCAGCCACUUGGCCUACUUCGUGCCCAUGUUCCACCUGGUAGCAAGAGCCAGGACGCUGGGCAUAAGCAGCAUGGAUGCCUCUUACCUCAUUUCAGUAGCUGGCAUCACGGAGACGGUCAGCCAGCUGCUCUCGGGCUGGGUCGCCGACCAGAACCGGACCAAGAAGUAUCACUACCACGUGGCUUACCUCGUCCUCUGCGGCGUCACUAACCUGCUCUGUCCUCUGGCCACCACCUUCCCCUUACUCAUGACCUACACGGUGGCCUUCGCCAUCUUCUGCGGUGGGUUCAUGGCUCUGGUCCUCCCUGUGCUGGUGGAUCUAGUGGGUGUGCAAAAACUCAACAGCUACUUGGGGUUUGCUGCCUUCUUUGCUGGGAUAGUAGCCAUCGGAGGACUUCCUCUAGCAGGGUGGCUGUAUGACUACACCCAGACAUAUGCCUGCUCUUUCCUCUUUGCUGGAGCCUGUGCCCUCCUCUCACCUAUUUCUUUCUUCUUUGAGCCUUCGGCCCAGAAAUGGAAGCUAAAAAAAGCCAACCUGAACAACAGCCCAGGCCUGGCUGAAGCGAUUCUGCGGUGGAAGUUUUAAAGGAUGGUCUUUGAUUGCAUCCACGAUCAGAAAGCGAUUGCCAGCACAGACCUCCUGUACCGGGAAAUAAACAGCAACAAAAAUGAAAUUAGGAAUUUUUAGAUGACAGAUGCACAGUUUGUAUAGCUAGAUAUUUCUCCUGCACGUGUGAUUAAAGCCAUCUGAGAAAUACGCAGUGUAAAGCGUUAUUUGAUGGGGAAAAAAGCAUUAUUUGAUGGGAAAAAAUAAGGCCCACGACCCGGAUGGAUGUCGGCUUCACUUUGACUUUGCUCCUGAGCCGUGGCUUUCUGUACCUCAGAUUUAACCCCCCUGCAUUCAGUCUGACAGCUCGGCAUCGGAGCCGCAGAGCCGCCCCUCCGGCUUCCCCAGCCCCCGCGAGAGAGCACAGCUGACUCACCUCUUGGGCUGGGGCAGCCAAGGACCUCAAAAGCGCCAGAGCACAGCAGGAGAUUUUAGCUUAUUCUAUUUAGAUACGAAUAAUUGGCCCCAGGGAGGGAGGCAAGGACAGAGGGGUUACAGAGAGGGAAAGAUUGAACUUCCACGAGGAUACGGAGAACAGCUGUUCCACAAAAACCUCUUUUUCACCGAGAAGGAUGCUGCACCGUGGCUGCUCGAUCUCCCAGGCACGGUGUUAUUUGCCACAGCGCAGAGGACCUGGAAGCAAAACCAAUUCUAAUUAAAGCCAGUACCACGAUACAGCUUCCUUGAAGACCGUACCCGUCUCACAGAUCCGCUCCCCUUCUCCUCCCAGUCGUCCCGCAGCUCUCAGGGAUUCAACGAACACAGGAAAGUGGCUUCCAGAGCCAGGCAACACUGCUGAGCCUAUACUCAACCAGCAUCCUAUAGAUUUAAUUUGGAUAGGCAGGAUGUAACAGCUGCUUUGACUUUCUUUCUGGUAGUAACGUUGCAAUUCUUUUGCACUGUCACCAGAUAUUUGAAAUUAUUACACAGAUCUGGGGUAUCGUAGGGGUUUUACACGCGACCAUCCCAGACACUGCCAUUAUCCUUCCCUCCCUCCUUUGUUUUUUUUUAUUAAUAUUAAACCAACAAGAGAGUGGUUUCCCCUACAGAAACACUCCUUUAAACUGUCAAAUGGAUUAUUUCAAGCACAAAAUUACGCGGUCUAUAUU